AAACUUCUGUUGGUCUGAAUUUAUAAGGUGUACUAGGUAACAGAUCCUUAGAGUAGUUUGUUUGGGUUGUAACUAGUUUUUUUUAGGUCACCCUCAAACUUAACUCAUCACUGGGCAGCUUGGUGGCACCUGCUAAGGCACUGUUAAGGCACUGCCCAGUCUUUGGAUGGGUCCCUCUAUCCGGAAUUGAGUCCGGACUGUCCCUGUGCCGACUGUGGCUGGCAGCCACACAAGGUGAUGCAAAAUUGGGUCUAGCAUUACCCAGGGAUGGGGGGGUUUCUGGCAGCCUGAGUGAUAGUAUUUGUCAAUCUAGUACUGACAAUUCCGCCACUCAGGUUGCACGACUUGUCUUCCUCUGACCCAUGUCUGUGUGAGCCUGUCUUGCAAACUGCAGGUAAGCUGACAUCACAAUUACGGAGGAGAGAGCAUGUUAGUCUGCACUCUCCAAAAUGUAGUGUUGUUGUGUUGAGCAUUGCAGCGUGAGCGUAAUUAGGCACUCCAAGCUGGGCAGAGAAAAAGAGGGAAAGCAUGAAAUAAAAUACAAACGAUGCCUUCACUGAAGUACAACUUCAAGUGCAGAGCAUUCAAAUAUAACUUGAGACAGAGAGCAAUAUGUAAUAUGUGUAGGUCAAGUUGACUAAUACAUCACUUCGUGAAAGGAAGCAUUUGGAGCCAAUUUGUCAUUAUAUAUUCAGGGGUUAGUGACAUUUUAUUCCAACUGACAUCAACGUAAAUUUUUAUUGUUGAAAGCUCUUGAUGCUCCCCUACCACAGUUUUGUUCUCACGUCUGCAUCUGCUGCUACUUCUAACCCUUCAAAAAAUAUCUUUCCAACACAAAAUUAUUUUCUAACACGAAGUUCCUGUGGGAUUUAUUAAGAUUUAUUAAUCACAUUGUUUCGAUAGGAUAAGACAAUGAACAAAUAUCCAAUUCUUGUAAUGAAAGUAACAAUCAUUUGUCUUCUUUUUCUCUUUCCUUCUUUCUUUAGAGAAAGAGAAGCCACCCACAUCACCUCCUGUGAUGACUAAGAAAAGUAUUUAUACUUCCGCUAUGUUCUGAUAUGGGAAACAAAGGCUUUAAUGAAAAAACUAGUUUGUUUGAGUUGAUAUCAAACUUUGACUCAUUUCUAAAUCUGUAUUUCAGUUAUGCUUAUGCCCAAAAUUAAUUACAACGUGAUGCCAGUCCCAAACACAUGUAGGUCACCUCUGUAAUAUCCUUCUUUGAAUGUUUUGUAUUGCAUAUGGUGAGUAUCAUGCAUGUCUCUCUCAACAGGAAAUCCACAGAAACCCAACAUUUCUGUGGAUGGAUUUGUGCAGAACAAUGGGGAAGUUAAUGUAGUCUGUAAGAUGAGGCUGAAAAACCCCACACCUGUCACUAAUAUCAGUUGUAACCUGUACAUUGGAGACUCAUCUGAGCUAUUCAGAAGAACUUGGACCACAAAUGAAGUCUGUACCUUUGUUGUGAAUGUCAAUGACCAACUGAAGAGCAGAAAAGUGAGCUGUGAUUACAGUGUGAAUAUAGACCCUCAUUCUCUUUCUCCACGCAGUAAGAAAGCAAACAUAGUGGGUAAACUGCCAAAGGCAGAGUUACAUUUGAGUCCUGCAGUAAUUUCCAUAGAGGAAUCAGUGAAACUGAGGUGCAGGAGACCUGACUUUGCCCCUGCGUCCCACUGCACUUUCACCACUAAUCAGAGAAGAGAGAUCAGUGGCUCAGGCUGUGAGCGCUCAGUCACUGGAGCUGAGCUGCUCAGUGGGAGUCACAGUGCACGCAAUGAGAUCACCAUAAGAUGUUCCUACAAACUGGAGGAAGGAGUGAAACCACUUGUAGAUAGUGACCCCUCUACAGUAACUGUGCUGGAUCUGAGGAAGCCCAGCAUCUCAGUCUCCACAGAACACACUGAGACACACAUUCACUGUGAAGCACCACCUGACAUCACUGGAGCAAAAUUCUUCCUGUACUUCAACAGGAGUAGAACACAUACUAACAGCACCCAGGCUGGAACAGAAGAGCGAGCUGUCAGUUUCAUUGUCCCCCGCAGCUCUGACUCCACUCUGACAUACUGCUGUCGUUAUCAGUUUGAGGGCUUCAACUCUAAACUGAGUGACUGUGCUGAAGCUAAGAACAAGGACCAGAGUAAAACCUGGUUGAACACACCAGCGGGUGUUGGAGUAAUUCUCACAGUGAUUGUGAUCCUCCUGGGAAUGACAGGAGCCUGUCUGUACUGGAUACACAGAAAAAGGAAAUCUAGUGGGCUGCCCACAACUCCUAACAAUGACGCAGUGUACACCACUGUUGAUGUGUCCAAGGGAGCAGAAACCAGUGAUGCCACAUCUCCUUCUGACGUGACUUACAGCACUGUCGCCCACCUUGCUCCUCAAACGACGGCCUUUCAGGCCCAACAGGACAACGUGGUGUACAGCAGUCUGAAGACGGACUGAGGAAUUCAUACACAAAACACAGGAGUCCUUUUAAUCUUUAUGAUGUACUCUGAUCAAGAGAGUAUCAAUAUGUUUAUAUGGGUGUGCACAAUUAUAAUAGAAAUAUUUCUUUUAACAUU